AUGUCGACGGCGCCUCGUUUUAUCGUCUCCACCAAGGAGUUCCCCCCCGCUGAGCGGGCAGUCUUCCUUGAGUCUUCAUUCUUUUCGCGCAACGGACCGGGCGCUGAACUACCGUCCCCCGCGGACGUUCGCGCGAGGAGCGACAUUCAAAAUUCGCAGAAGAUGAAAUACCGGAUCCCACCAGUUCGAUACGAGGAGCUUGGCCUCAUUGUCAAGUUUGGACGCGCACCCCAGGUGAGGGUAGAUGAGGGCCAGUGUCUUUGGGCGUUGCGCCAUGCCCUGCCAAAAGUCCCCGUCCCCACCCCAAAGGUGUAUGGCUGGACACACGAUCACGGCCAAGUUUUCAUCUAUAUGGAGUUGGUGCAUGGCGUCACCCUGGCCCAACGCUGGGGAUCUCUCAAUGAGAUUGAGCGCAACAAGCCGACUAACGACCAAAAUCUGUACCGUUACUUACUUGCUUCCAUUGAAAAGGCCACCUCAAUCGUCAGGCGCCCAGCGAUAUCAUUUUCGAAAGCCCGCGAAACGACCCUCCGGGGGGGCCGUUCCAUUCAGCUACUGAAUUUUAUGGUUGGCUAUCCAUCUUGA